AUGGCAUCUGUUUCAGCUCUAACUGAGGAAUUGGAUUCAGUGAACAGCGAGCUACAUGCAGUAGACAUUCAAAUUCAGGAGCUUCUGGAGAGGCAACAAGAGCUGACUCAGAGAAAAGACAUCCUAACGAACAGAAUAAAGCAGUGUUUGGAGGAUUCUGAUGCUGGGGGAAGCAAUGAAUGUGAUUCUUCACCUGCUUCUUGGAAUAAAGAAGAUUUUCCAUGGUCUGAUAAAGUUAAAGAUGUUCUGCAAAAUGUCUUUAAACUGGAGAAGUUCAGAUUGCUUCAGCUUGAAACUAUUAAUGUAACAAUGUCUGGAAAGGAUGUAUUUCUUGUUAUGCCUACAGGAGGUGGAAAGAGCUUAUGCUACCAGUUACCAGCAUUAUGUUCAGAGGGUUUUACACUUGUGAUUUGCCCAUUGAUUUCUCUUAUGGAAGACCAAUUAAUGGUUUUAAAACAAUUAGAAAUUUCAGCUACCAUGUUAAAUGCUUCUAGUUCUAAGGAGCAUGUGAAAUGGGUUCAUGCUGAAAUGGUAAAUAAAAACUCCAAGCUAAAGCUAAUUUAUGUGACUCCAGAGAAAAUUGCAAAAAGCAAAAUGUUUAUGUCAAGACUAGAGAAAGCCUACGAAGCAAGGAGAUUUACCCGAAUAGCUGUGGAUGAAGUUCACUGCUGUAGUCACUGGGGUCAUGAUUUCCGACCCGAUUAUAAGGCACUUGGUAUCUUAAAGCGCCAGUUCCCGAACACAGCACUGAUUGGGCUGACUGCGACUGCAACCAGUCAUGUUCUGAAGGAUGCGCAAAAAAUACUGUGUGUUGAGAAGUGUUUUACUUUCACAGCUUCUUUUAACCGGCCAAAUCUUUACUAUGAGGUUCGUCAAAAGCCUUCAAACACUGAAGAUUUUAUUGAGGAUAUUGUAAAGGUCAUUAAUGGGAGAUACAAAGGGCAAUCAGGAAUCAUUUAUUGCUUUUCUCAGAAGGACUCUGAGCAAGUUACAGCUAGUUUACAGAAAUUGGGAAUUCGUGCAGGUGCAUACCAUGCCAAUAUGGAACCAGAAGAUAAGACCACGGUUCACAGAAGGUGGUCAGCCAAUGAAAUUCAGGUAGUAGUGGCAACGGUUGCAUUUGGUAUGGGAAUCGAUAAGCCAGAUGUGAGAUUUGUUAUUCAUCAUUCAAUGAGUAAAUCUAUGGAAAAUUAUUAUCAAGAGAGUGGUCGUGCAGGUAGAGAUGACACGAAAGCGGACUGCAUUUUGUAUUAUGGCUUUGGAGACAUAUUCAGAAUCAGUUCAAUGGUGGUGAUGGAAAAUGUGGGGCAACAAAAGCUUUAUGAGAUGGUGUCAUACUGCCAAAACAUAAGCAAAUGUCGCCGUGUAUUGAUAGCUCAACAUUUUGAUGAAGUGUGGAACUCAGAAGCAUGCAACAAAAUGUGUGAUAAUUGCUGUAAAGACAUUUCAUUUGAAAGAAAGAAUGUAACAGCCUACUGCAGAGAUCUAAUCAAAAUCCUGCAGCAGGCAGAGGAAAUGAAUGAAAAGCUCACUCCACUGAAACUGAUUGAUUCUUGGAUGGGAAAGGGAGCAGCAAAAUUGAGAGUAGCAGGUGUUGUUCCUCCCACGCUUCCUCGGGAAGACCUGGAGAAGAUUAUUGCGCACUUUCUUCUACAGCAGUAUCUUAAAGAAGACUACAGUUUUACAGCGUACGCUACCAUUUCCUAUUUGAAAACAGGACCUAAAGCUAAUCUUCUGAACAACGAGGCACAUGUUAUUACUAUGCAAGUAAAGAAGUCCACGCAGACCUAUUUCACGAUUGAAUCAUCUCAAAGUGGUGAUUCUGAGGGAUCUGAUAAAAAGAAGGAAGGAAAAAAUUCGGGCAACUUCCAGAAGAAAUCUGCAAACAAACUUCAGCAAUCUGAUUCUAAGAAUACAGGGGCUAAAAAAAGAAAAAUUGAUGAAUGUUUCUAA